AUGAACCAUUUGGGCUUUAUUUCUGACGACAUUGAUCCUUGUUUGUAUAUCUAUGGAAAGAAUACCGAUAUUGUAAUUGCUAUCCUAUACGUGGAUUAUAUACUCUUAGCAGGACCCAGUGAUAGACUACUGAAUAAGAUUAGUAAAAGUUUGAUUCUGGAAUUUAAGAUCAAAGAUCUAGGAAGUCAUAAGGAGUUCCUGAAUAUAAACAUAAGCAGAAACUUUGACAAGCAGGUUAUUAAGUUGAAUCAGACAAAGUUUAUCAAUAAAAUGCUAAAUAGAUUUGGCUUUGAUACGUGUAAACCUAAGAAUACUCCUAUGAAACAGAGUGAUGCGGCGAGCUAUGCUAGAAAAGAGAGGGAGGAAAACGAUUAUACGGAAGAAAGAUAUCGAAAUCGGCUGUAUAGACAAGCUGUUGGAUCUCUGUUGUAUUUGGCAGGUACAACGAGGCCUGAUAUAUCAUAUUCGAUCAAUGUACUUAAUAGACACCAAGUCAAUCCUACAACCAACGAGUGGAAUAUGGUAAAAAGAGUGUUUCAGUAUCAAAUGGGAACACGGAAUCACAACUUGAUUUUUACGAAUGCUUCUAAGGAUAUGACAGCAUAUGCUGAUGCGAGUCUGUCUGAUUGCAAGGAUUCAUUGACCACCUGUGGAUAUUUGAAUCAGCUUUUCGGCGACACUGUUGCGUGA